AUGAAUUCUCUAGAAAAAAAAAUAAAGUUACUAAAUUAUGAAAAUAUUGAUAUUGCAAAGGAUGAUUUUUAUUUUAUGAUUUUGAAAAUAGAAGAAGAAAAAAUUCGCUUGUAUAAACCAAAGGAGAGAGAAAAAAUAAAUUAUAUGAAAGAAAAAAAUUAUAUUGAACAUAUCAUAAAAUAUUUGAAGAAAUUAAAUAUAAAUACAAAUGGAAUAAAUAAAAAUAGUAUUAAUGAUAUAGAGAUUAGAACAUAUAUUUUAAAUAAUUUAACUACCUUAGCACUUAUUGAUGACUACAAAGAUUUUAUAUGCUAUGAUGAUGAAGAUGAAGAUGACAUGAAUAAUAAAAGAAUAGAUAAUAAUAAUUCAGUAGGUGAACCUUCUAAUAGCAAUGUUGAAAAUAUGAGGAAUGAAAUACAAGAUGAUAUUUUAGAAAACUUUUUUGAAUUAAAAUACCUAAAUGGUAUAGAUAAGGAAGAAUACAAAAAAUAUGAUAAGAAAUUAAAUAUAUUAUAUGAAAAAAUUAAUGAAAUAUUUAAAAAAAAUGAUAUUCCUUUACUUAAUUCCAGCAAUAUAAGUAAUAUUAUAUCUGCUUUACAUUUGAUAAACGAAAAAUUAAAAAAUAAUAAAAAAAUAGAUAAUAGUAAUUACGAAAGCUUAUUUGGAUUAAAUAUUGAUGUAUCUAAUAAUGAUUUAAAGGAUUUUGCUUAUAUUUUAAAGUAUUUAUUUAAUAAUAUGCUUAAAAAAAGAAAAAAAUGUAUUAAAAAUGUUCUCAAUGAAAUACAAAUAUUAACGCAUAAUCCAGUAAUUGAUAUAAAACAGGGAAGGGUUGGAAGAUAA